UAAAACACUAGUGUACACCUGAAAGUAAACAAAACUGUUCAAUGGCUCAAUUAUUCAGCUAAAUUCUCAGUUCUCAUCAUCACUUUUGCGGAUCCACCGGCAACCGGGUCCCUAAGCUCCAAACGGGGCCGUGUCGUGUUCGGCGUUCCAACUCUCGAGCAAUUUUCGCAAUUUCGCAGGGGAAAGAAUGGGCAGCCUAGCCCCUGCCAGCAGUGAUAGGUCGAGGGUAUCUUGGACGCCGACAAUGGAAUGCUAUUUUAUUGAUCUUAUGUUAGAUCAUAUGCAUAGGGGCAAUAGAAUUGGUCAUACGUUUAACAAACAAGCAUGGACAGACAUGAUCACCGUGUUCAAUGCAAAAUUCAGAUCUCAAUAUGACAAAGAUGUCUUGAAAAGUCGAUACACUAGUUUGUGGAAGCAAUUCAAUGAUAUAAAGAAUCUUCUUGACCAGAAUGGAUUUUCUUGGGAUGUUUCUCAACAAAUGGUAGUAGCGGAUGAUAAUGUCUGGAAUGCCUAUGUCAAGGCUCACCCAGAUGCACAAUAUUACAGAAAUAAAGCUGUGUUGAACUUCAACGAUCUGUGCUUGAUUUAUGCGUAUACAACAGCAGAUGGAAGAUACAGUCGUUCAAGUCAUGAUGUAGAUUUUGAUGAUGACAUCCAAGGAGCGAAUGUUGGUGGAGGGAAGGAGGGUCAAACUCUCACUGGCAGCAACUGUGUGAAAGCAUUUUGGAGACUGCCAAUGGACCAUUAUUUUAUUGACUUGUUACUAGACCAGGUGCCAAGAGGGAACAGAAUUGGGCACGCAAUUACAACCGAGGCUUGGGCUGAAAUGGUGGCAUUAUUCAAUGCAAAAUUUGGAUCUCAGUAUGACCAAGAGGUUCUCAAGAAUCGGUACAAAUAUUUGAGCCAGCUAUAUAAUGAUGUGAAGAUUCUUCUUGAUCACAGUGGAUUUUCUUGGGAUGAAACUCGAGAAAUAAUUACAGCUGAAGAUUAUAUUUGGGACUCUUAUACGAAGGCAUAUCCUGAAGCUCGAUGCUAUAAAUUUACAACUGUACCUAGCUACCACAAGUUGUGUGUCAUAUAUGGCAAAGAAAGUGCUAAUGAGAGAUCUAGUUGUAUGGCUCAUAACAUAGAUCUUAGUGGUGAAGAUCCACUUUUUAUGACUGACAGCAACUUGUCAAGAAAAGUUUGGACACCUUUGAUGGACCGUUAUCUCAUUGACCUUAUGCUAAAGCAAGUGCAUAAAGGCCAUACGUUUAAUCACAUUUUCAGCAAACAGGCAUGGGAAAAUAUUGUUUUGUUGUUCUGUGAUCGAUUUGGAUCACAGUAUGACAAAUAUGUUUUGAGGGGUCAGCAUAAAAGUUUGAGGAAGUUGUAUGAUGAUAUGGAGAAUCUUCUUAACCAGAGUGAAUUUUCCUGGGAUGAAACCCGGCAAAUGGUCACAGCACGUGAGGAUAUUUGGGAUGCUUAUAUCAAGGAGCAUCCGGAUGGGAGAUCGUUCAGAACAAAAAGCAAGCCGAAUUAUAAUGAUUUACAUGUGAUCUAUGGGCAUUCCAUUUCUGAUGCAAGAUGCGACCAAUCACAUCAAUAUAUGGACUUCAGCGGUGAUGGAAGGAAUAUUCGAGUGUUUCAAAAUGGAGGUUGCCUGAGGACUGGUUGGACGCCACCUAUGGACCGAUGUUUCAUUGAUCUAAUGCUAGAGCAGAUCCGUAGAGGGAGUAUGGUAGAUCAUAAAUUUAACAAAGCAGCAUGGGGAUAUAUGGUUUCUAAGUUUAAUGCAAAAUUUGGGACUCAGCACAAGGAAGAUGUUCUAAAAAUUCGUUUUAAGAUUUUGAGAAAGCGAUACAAUGAUAUGAAAACUCUUCUUGGUCAGAGUGGGUUUGCAUGGGAUGAAAUGCAACAGAUGAUAACUGCUAAUGAGGAUCUCUGGGAUGCUUACAUCAAGGACCACCCUGAUGAAUAUUCAUACAAAAAUAGAACUCUUCCAAACUAUAAUGAUUUGUUCUUGAUAUAUGGAAAUGCAAUUACUGACGGAAGGCAUGACCGUUCAAGUCAUUGUGUGCUGACCGACAACCACAUCCUGGGGGUAAAUAUUGGCCAAGAGAAUGACCAAACAUAUGCUGCUCGUGAUUCUAUGAGCAUUGAUUGGACAAAGCCAAUGGACCGAUAUUUUAUUCACCUUAUGUCAGAGCAAGUGCUCGAAGGGAAUAAGGUUGAUCGUACAUUCAGUAAGCAGGCUUGGGUCUGCAUGACCACAUCAUUCAAUGAAAGAUUUGGACUUCAAUGUGACAAAUAUGUACUGCAGAACCAAUAUCUAAGAUUGAUGAAACAAUAUAACAACGUCAGCAAUCUUCUCAACCAAAAAGGCUUUGUGAAGGAUGAAAUUCAACAAGCAGUAGCAGCUGAAGAUAGUGUCUGGAAAGCUUACAUCAAGGAGCAUCCUGAUGCAGCAAAAUACAAAGAUCAAGUCUUGGAGAGUUACAGCGAUUUGAGCAUUAUAUUUGGCGAUGGUAUUCAAGAUGCAAGAUUAAGUCCAGAAAUGGAUAUCGGUCACAAUGCCCUAGAAUUGUGGAUGGAUGGAAUUUCUGGAGGUCUACAAUCCCCAGAUAGGGACAAUAAAGUAUCUAAUCAGAAGAAAAAAAGGCAUUCUGCAACCCCAUUAACUUCUGCAUGCUCUAGAAAAAUCAAGAUAACCAGCAAGGGUUUGCAAGAAGCAGAUAGAAGUAAUACACAGGACAGGACCUAUAGCUCGAUAGAAAGCAUUGUUGAUGCACUUCAAGUCAUACCGGACAUGGACGAUCAACUCUUCUUUCAUGCUUGUGAUCUUUUGGAGGAUGAGAAAAAUGCCAAGGCAUUUGUGAGGAUGGACAUCACCCGUCGGAAGAAGUGGUUGUUAAGAAAGCUUCGGCAAUAGUAUUUUCGGGGUUUUGAGAAUGGAUUGAAGAUGCACCUUCUUUCUCACUACCAAAUGUUAAUAAGAUUGCGUAUGUAUAAGUAGUAAAACAAAGAUUGUGUGUUAAAAAGCAUGCUAAGGCAUGUGUCAUUGAAAUAUACAGUUGCAUUUCAAAGGAGUCCGCAUGUAACUUCUGAUUUAGCAUGUGCUAUGAAAAAUGUGCUGCUUGUUAUAAA